GACAAUCAGUCAACAAGUCUGAACUACCUACUUCCCUGUUCUCUGUCUUUUUCUUCCUCUAGGGUCUCUCUCUCCUUCUGUAGUUUGUUUGUCUAGCCAUGGCUGAUUUCUCAUGCUUUUCUGAAAGCGAUGAAUCCACAGUCGAAGACAUCAUCUCACAAGCAAUGGAUCAAUGUGUUCUUGAACAGAUUGCAUCCAUCAAUUUAUCAGGUAUUUCAGACACUUCCCUUCCUACUGAUCUUGAAAGUCGUUUCUCCAAGCUCAAAUCAUUUCCAGGAACCAAUCCUAAACUAGAAAUCCCUCAAAACCCAGUUUCUAAAUCAGUAGAAGAUACACAAAGUUUAUCCCCAAAUCAAAAAAUUGGGUCUCCAUCAAAUCCAAAUUCUAGUUUUGGUCCUACUACUGAUAUCGAAAAGCGAUUUUCCAAACUCAAAUCAUUUCCAGGAACUAAUCCUAAGACUGAAAUCCCUCAAAACCAAGUUUUAUCCCCAAAUAAAGAAAUUGGUUCUUCACCGUCAAUCUCAAAUCAGGUGAAAAAGAGUUCCAGUUUUGGUUCUAAACCUAAAUCAAAACAAGCGUUUAUUAGAUCUUGUUCUAGUUCUUCUGAUUCUUCUCGAGAAAAUUCUUCUUCAUCUUUAGCAAAGCAAAAUUGUUUCUUUUGGUGUUCUCCAAAAAAGGUAAUAAGGAAACAAGGAAAAGAAACUAGGGUUUCAAGAGGAUUUGAAAUGGACCCAUUUGAAUGGGAUAAAGAUAAUGAAUUGAUUUCUGAUUUAACUUCAUUUAAUAGAGAAGCCGAGAAAAUUGUUGAAUGGGCUAAACAAGCUUCUUCUAGGAUUGAAGUUUCUGAAAUUGAAGAUUUACUAACUGAUGAUGAUUUUGAUGGUGACUGUGACAGGUUCAAGUGAUGAAAAAUGUUGGUAAUCUCUUAUAAUCAUUUUCAAUAUUCUGUGUUUCAGGGUUGCCAUGAAUCUAUUACAAUCAGCUUUUAUCUUGGUUUAUUGAAUUUGCAUAGAUAUAGUAGAUGAAAUUAUAUACAUCGAUAUACAAAAAUGUUAUACUGUAAUAAGAACUAGUGUCAACAUGGGAAUCUCAUUCAGCAGUUCUACCAAUUUAAUCUUGAUAUUCUAGUUCUUCUUCUUAAGAAAUUGCAUAUCUUAAGUUUUCAUUUCUGCAGCAAACACCAAUUUGUUAAUUCUUAUCUCCUAUUUGUUGAGUAUAGAUGUGAUGUUAGGGUCUCAUUAUGUUGUGCUUGUUUCAUCGUAUUAAAGUUUUAUGUUUGUGACGAUGAACGCUUGAAUUCAUAGUUAUGAAUGUUGUCGAUUGUGUCUCACAAUCCAUGAUUAAGGACCAAAACCACACACUUUCUUAGCAGAACUCAAAAUCUGAUGUAGUUUACUCAUGACUUAUGCCACAAUAGCUAUUGAUGGAAACCGAAGGUAACUAGGAAAUCAUAUAGAAUUUCUGAAUUGUGAGUCUUGAACUUUGGUUGAAAGUUCAACAUAUAAUACAUAAACGAAAAGUCAGCAUUCUUGAUUGAAUGUUGAGUAGUAAAAGAAAACACUUGUUAAGCCUGAAAUAUUUAGUCCAUUUUGAUAAACUAGUUGUUGUUAAUCUACAGUAAGGAGAAAGGAAUUCGACAUAGUUGUUGAUGUUGUCACAGUUGGUGAAAUUCUUAAGGAACUUGUUUUAUGAUUAUAUAGCAUCCUUUAAUUAAAUAAAACAAAUCGUUGCUAUUCCAGUUAUUUGUUUGUUGAAUAUGUAAAGCCAGACAAUUACAAUUCACUCUUUGUUGUAAUUGGCCGGCUUACGCUAUCUCUAUAUGUAGUUUUACAACCUCAUCAUAUCCAGUCUCUUCUUCUUCUUUGUUCACUUAUGGAGUCACUUAUGGAGUUCAUCUUGACAGUCAUAUUGCUCACCCUGUUUAUUCAUCCCGCCCUUAAAGUCAGUCACUCUUUAGUAUUCUCCAACAACUCCAUAAAACUUCCACCAGGUCCACUAAAUAUACUGAUAUUAAGCACCCUCCCAUGGCUAAUUGGUUUUAAAUCCACGCCUAAUGUCUCACCUGAAGAAGGUGGUGGUAGAAAUUUGAAUGACCAUGAAAUUGUUUGUGUUCUGAGAUUUUGGAUGGAGGUACAGAGUCAGCAUCAUCUGCAUUAGAUGGAUCAUGGUGCGCUAAUAUUCUCAAAAUAUGCAAUCAAAUUUAUUGGAUGAAAUCAGAACUGUUGUGAAAUCAGAAGGGAGAUCCAAGGGUUGUAAUUACAAAGGAUGCCAUAUUUGAAAGCAGUGGUUAGAAGGACUAAGAAGACGCUCACCAGCUCAUCUUGUCUUCGUCAUCCCGUUCCUGAAGAAACUGGAUACAAGGUGCUGCAAUGGAUUUUAUGAUAGCUGAGGAAAAUUCCAAUGUAGUUCAAACCGGAGAGAUUUUUAAGUGAUGAUGAGGAAGUUGUUGAUAUAAGAGGGGAGUAGGCAGAUUAAGAUGAUAUCAUUUGGUGCUGAGAGAAGGAUUUCUCCAGAGUUGGGUAUAUAUACCUUAUUUGGUGCUGAGGUAUGUAUAUCAUUGCUUCAUUUAGAGUAUUGUGUCUCUAAUUUAGUCAAGAGAUUUCAAAUGGAUCGCUAUGACUGGAGAUGAUGUUACUUGUCUGGGACACAAGGGCCAACUUUCACGAUGAAGAAUCUACUAAUGGCGCACAUACAACUCUUAGGUAUACAUUACUGUGAACCUUUUCUUAUUUUUAUAUUUUUAUUUUUGAGGCGGAUUAUUGUGUACCUUUCAUAUGUGUAUUUGGAGAUGGAUAGUCCUGAUAUGCAGUUGAAGUACCGGGAUAUUUUCCUUUA